GUAAAAAGCUAUGAGACCUGUGAAGAUGCGGUGUGCGAAUAUAUUAAUUUUCGUGAUUUUCGUUGUUUCAAUCUUGGGUUUCGGAAUUCAUCUUACCUUUUUCCGGCGUUCAUCCGAUCUAACUAUAUUAGAAGCGAAUAAUCGUUUUAUUGACGAUUACGAAUACGACGAUGAUGCUUUUAGGCAGGAUAACGAUCCGGUGCGAACAAAAUUGGAAUGGGAUCGAUUCAUAAAAAGGAAUAAUUAUGUGCAGAUAGGCGAUGUUUGGAACAAGUGCGGUAAGAUCCGGUGCUGGGAUAUGGCGUAGGCGUAUGUUUUUUUAUUUAUUUGUCUAGCAGAUGGCGAUGACCGAGUGACGUAUGGAAGAAUAAUCAUGUUUAAGAAUGUUCAACUUGGGAAAUUAAUGCUAAAGACUUUUAUAAAUUUCACUCUAGCCGAGGAGAUUAAUAGCGGAGACAUGUAUAUCGAAUGCUUUUAUAGAAAAGUCAAAACGAAUCAGAUGCGUUUAUUAUUUAGAGGAAAAUGGGAUGCUUGCACCAUUGAAGAUAAGCUAGCAGAACAGAGUGAUCGUCUAGUCAAAUGCCCCAUGGAGGCUGGUAAACGAUCUUUCAAGAAAGCGUUUGCAGUCCCUGCAUGGUUGCCAACGGGCGAAUAUCGGUUCUAUAUCGAUACCACUGAUAACCGUAACAAGACGAUCGGCUGUUGCGUAGUUGAAUUUGAAUUACUAUAA